AACAAUGUGAGGCUGUCACACAUGCGGUCUAUAUAAAAACGGAAGUAUUAUAUCCUGUAUCAUAGCUGCACUUGAAAGGACUCCAUUGCUGCCAUUAUGUCCAAUGAUCCAAACCGCCAAACGAUCAACACAGAUAUGGAUGAGAAAAUGCAAAAGUUUGUACUGGAAAGUUGUGAUGAGGCAGUACGUGCUACGAAAUCACAGAAGGAAGUUGCCGAUUUAUUGAAGCAACGCAUGUGUUCACGUUACCCUGGGGUAUGGCAGUGCAUCGUGGGUGCAAGCUUUGCAAGCGCGAUUACAUGCGAAGCAGGCACAUUCAUGAACUUCUACUUUGAUCGUCACGCUAUCCUGCUUUUCAGAUCAGGAUGAAACCGGGUUCUCUUCUUUGCAUGACAGUUCUUGUUAAAUAUACUAACUAGUUAAAC